GUUGCUCUGUUUAUUUCCGGGGUAUCUGCGCUGCCUGCUUUACAGCGCUUCUCAUACGAAUACUUGGACUGGGCACGGGUUUUAUUUGCUGAGAAAUACGUGAAAUCCCGCUUAUUCCGCCAACUAACUGUAUAUUCAUUCCCACAAUGACCGAGGAAGUCCAGAAGCACUCUGUCCACACUCUGGUCUUCAGGUCCCUGAAAAGGACUCAUGACAUGUUUGUGUCUGACCAUGCUAAGACCAUCGCUCUGGACGAAGAAAGCCACAAAUUAAAGAUGGGUGUUAAACUGAAAACAGAGUAUGCUCCAGUUUUGCACAUGCCCGUUCUGAAGGAGGGGAGAGACCGCGUGCCUGGCUACCAGGAAAUGCACCAGGGCUACCCUCAUCCAGGUGAUGAAGCAGAAUAUCUGAUCACUGGGACCCAUGCUUAUCCCUCCGGACCGGGAGUGGCUUUGACCGCUGACACAAAGAUGCACAGGAAUCCCAGUGAGGGAGGAGUUCUGUCCAUGGCGCUGGCUUUACCGCCCUCACAAGUCAGGCAGGAGGCCAGUCGCACUGCAGCCAGUGUUGCAGAAAUCCAUCGGCAUGCAGGAGGAGCUGAGAGAGUUCACCCCAAGUCCACUGCCGUGUCACUGCUGGAGGGCGGCGGCACCAGAAAUUCUGCGCUCAUGAGGAGAGCACCAACGAUGCCAAAACCACAGUGGCAUCCUCCGUGGAAACUGUUCCGGGUCAUCAGCGGUCACCUCGGCUGGGUCAGGUCCAUAGCGGUGGAACCUGGGAACCAGUGGUUUGUCACAGGCUCUGCUGACAGAACUAUAAAGAUCUGGGACCUGGCCAGUGGAAAACUGAAACUCUCCCUGACGGGACACAUCAGCACGGUGCGUGGCGUGGCGGUGAGCAGCCGCAGCCCUUACCUCUUCUCCUGUGGAGAGGAUAAGCAAGUCAAAUGUUGGGACCUGGAGUAUAACAAGGUGAUCAGGCAUUACCACGGACACCUAAGUGCUGUGUACGAUUUGGAUCUGCAUCCGACGAUCGAUGUGCUUGUGACGUGCAGCAGAGAUGCCUCAGCGAGGGUGUGGGACAUCAGGACAAAGGCCAACGUGCACACACUCACCGGUCACACCAACACUGUCGCCACAGUGAGAUGUCAGGCUGCAGAACCACAAGUCGUCACAGGCAGCCACGAUUCAACCAUCAGACUGUGGGAUCUGGUUGCUGGGAAAACCAGAGCGACUUUGACCAACCAUAAAAAGUCUGUCCGGACUCUGGUGCUGCACCCCAGACAGUACACAUUUGCUUCAGGAUCAGCCGACAACAUCAAGCAGUGGAUGUUCCCAGAUGGCAGCUUCAUCCAGAAUCUCUCUGGCCACAACGCCAUCAUCAACACGCUGGCCGUCAACUCUGAUGGGGUCUUGGUGUCUGGAGCUGACAACGGAACCAUGCACAUGUGGGACUGGAGGACGGGCUACAACUUCCAGCGGAUCCACGCCGCCGUGCAGCCCGGCUCUCUGGACAGCGAGUCGGGAAUCUUCGCCUGCAUGUUCGACCACUCUGAGAGCCGGCUGAUCACUGCCGAGGCUGACAAAACCAUUAAGGUUUACAAAGAAGACGACACGGCCACCGAAGAAAGCCACCCGAUCAACUGGAAACCAGAAAUCCUCAAGAGAAAAAGAUUCUGAAGAUUUUUCUUAUUAUUAUUUUUGUUUCUCAUCUAUCAGUUCAUCCAUCAGUUUUUAUUUUGGUCAGGCAAAUUUUUUUUUUUUCAUUUGCGAGACUUUAACGCAAGCAAUCACAUCUUGACUUGCAUUAUUCUAGCAACCAUUACUGAAUGUUGUCAGAGCAGUAGAAACACCAUGGUGGACUGCCAGAUACAUUGCUAGCUGUACAGGCGUGAAAACUUUCCUCUGUUCCUGCAUAAAAUGAGGUUUAUUUUGCUCCAUUUUAAUAAAGACCACAUUUUUUCACAAA